AAAAAUGCACUGUCAUCUUAACCAUCGGAUAGGGAGAAGAGAGUGUCGGGCGUAAGAUAGAGAGUGCUAUAAAAUCCUCGUAUCACAAAACCAUCUUGUCUCUUUCACGGCGGCGUUACUCUAUUCCUUUCCCACUCUCCGAUCCCUCUCCACCCUUUUCCGGUUUACCUUAACCAGACCCGAUAGCCGGAAAGCCCCAAAUACAAAGUCAGUUCUGUCAUACGGUAGGUGCUGACUUCGGGUGCUUGAAUCUUCAGCUAUGGCCGACGAGGUUAACAAAACUGCAUUUUUAGAGAUUCAGGGUCGAAUGAUUGAGCUCACUGGCAAAUUGAAACAGGUGCAAAACCAGAUGCGAAACAAGGAAGGAGAAAAGAAGCGUGCUUACUUAACGCUGGAGGAGCUACAUCAGCUGUCUGAUGAUACAAAUACUUAUAAAUCCAUAGGGAGAACGUUUGUUUUAGAGCCCAAGCCAGUUUUAAUGAAUGAACAAGAACAGAAGCUGAAAGAUAGUGAGUCUGCAAUUGCUUCAUUGCAGACUUCGAAGGAGUACUUGGAAAAACAGAUGGCUGAGGUGGAGAACAACUUGAGGGAGCUGCUGCAGCAAGACCCAGGUCUCGCUCGCCAAAUAAUGUCCAUGAGUGUAAUGUGAUACUCUCUUGUUGAAAAUUUCUUAGAUAUUUGGUUCCAUUACCACUGACCAAAAAACCAAAAAAGAAAGACCAGUGAUAUUCUGCUUUUGUUGUAAUGGCAUUCCAUUUUAGGUCUAAAUAUUCAUGUGUGUGUUCUGACUUGGCUACAUUAGCAACUUCUUGUUAUUCUCAACUCUAUCAUUCGCCAUGUCCUGUGGGUGUUCACUGUGAGGUAAAGAAAUACAAACAUUUUAAAGGGUAAGCCAUAA